AUGAGAUCGGUUUCCACCACGGUUGUAUCCACCUCCUCCUCCUUGAGACCAUCCACCUUGAACUCUUCCACCACGGCCUCGAUUAUAACCACUAUUAUUAUUAUCUCGACCACUACCACCACCACCACCACCACCACCACCUUGUUGAUAAUCUCCACCCCUAUUAUCCUGAAAAUAAGCUCCACUGUUUCUGUUAUCUUGGUAUCCACCUCCGGCACCUCGAUUGUCUUGAUAAAAUGCUUCACUUCCUCCGCUCGAACUUCCACCGCCUCUUUGCUGAUAGUCUGCAGAUUUAUUACUCUGAUAAUUAGAUCCACCACCGCCUCCUCUUUGAUACCCACCACCUUGAUAACCUCCGCUCUGAUAAUUUCCGCCUUUAUUGUCUUGAUAAGACCCACCAUCUCUGUUUUGACCAAAGUUAGUACUGGUAUCCUUAUUGUAUCCUCCUCGUCCACCACCUCCGCCACCUCCUCUGUCACCAAAUCCACGUUGACCACCACCGCCUCCUCUGCCACCACGUCCACCUCUUCCUCCUCUACCGCUAUCAGGACCUUGAACACGAUCCUUUUGCCACGAAGGCAUCUCCGGUGGCGGAGGUGCUUGUUCGCUAGUUCGUCCUCCUCUAUCCGUAAAAAUGUACUAGAAUCUUCUGGAGAUGCUGUCGGCUGCACAUCUUCAUCUAAAUUCCCAAAUGAAGCCAGUUGUUUAGUUAACCAAGACACGAGUCCCGUGAAAUCCACCGACUUUGCACCUUUAUCCAAUGCUUGUCUCAAUUUUUCUACAUCAAUCAGCGGUCCUUUAUACCUACAAGCCGAAGUUGUUGGAUCAUUUAAAAGCACGUACACGCCUUGUAGAGCUGGUAUAGUAGUUCUACAGUUUGAUUCACCAAGCAAUUAA